AACCUCCAAGUACUCUGUACCCUCAGUGUUGCUUCAUUGUUUCCACCAGUGGAGUGAUAGAAAGACCCACCAGGAUUCAGUGCUACUCCGGAUAAAGAUCUCCAGGUGAUCCCCCAGAUGAUCCCCAGUGUUCCUGAGGCCUCGAGCCCUCAGUAGUAUCUCCUGCUAUCUUUCAAGAAAAAAUCGAAUAAUAAAAGUAUCUCCAGUGAUGGCACCAGCAAAGAGAAGACCACUGCACUCCUCUGGUUCCCCAGGAAGUAGUUUUCGCUCGUCACACCUGAAUUUUCGACCAACAUCGGGUCUCCAGGAGGACCGAGGUGGCACAAAACCCACUGCAACCCCCAGCUCAAUUGGGUUAAUCCUGAUGACGAUGCUCCUCCACAUCUGCAAGAAAUCCCUCCUCUUUGAUCCUCGUCUCAAGGUGACAAUCUACUGUGGAGCUAUUUUCAUCGUAUCCCUCAUCGCCGACCUUGCACCACCACCCAAGACGUACUUCGCACGAUCGGACAACAUCUUCAACAGGUAUUUUGUUAAAUGGGGAUGGGGAUGGCUGCUGUCUGUUAUCAUCCCCUGGGUGAUGCUGACAGGCUACACGAUAGCCUGUGGAAAACGCUCGAUUGUCGUCAGGCACAUCCUCAGGGUUGUCGUCGCCACUUUCUUCUGGUAUCUGUGGACAAAACUCUUUCUCCACGUCGAGAACACAUACGGCAGGUGUCUGGGUACCAAGGAUAUCGAUCUCCAGAGGAAGACGCACUGUCUCAAGGCUGGAAAAUUCUGGAGUGGUUUCGAUAUAUCUGGACAUACAUUUAUUUUAAUUUAUUCCAGUCUAAUUCUCGCUGAGGAGGGGACUGCCCUCGUUGGGUGGGAGGGCAUCAAUGAUAUGGUUGUCAAGGAGGAGCACUCGAGAAAUGUCCAGGAGAGGAGUGCCAGUGCCCUCAAGGAACUCACGGAUGGUGAACUAGAAUUUCUCAAGAGGACGCACAAGGGACUCAGUCCUUAUGUCAGGGCUCUGUUCGUUGUCAUGACGCUUCAGCAGCUUCUCUGGGAUGUCAUGGUCGUGUCCACUAUGCUGUAUUAUCACACCAUGAUCGAAAAAUUUGUCGGGGGAAUUCUUGCUGUGCUCACGUGGUUCGCCACGUACAGGUGGUGGUUUACCAUCACCGAGGGGGGACUUAUACUUCCUGGUGAGGGCAUCUUCAAGUACAAUGAGAGCAAGAGAACAGGGAGAAAUCGCAGGAAUACUAUCAAUGGGGUUGGACCCAGUUUUAUGGGGAUGCCAAUCAGGACUGGACAGAGAGAGGACACGAGAAAUACCAAUGGAAAUUCUCGGUGAAAGUUUUUCAAUUGAGAGAUCCAUGGGAUUUGAAGAUGAAUAUUUGAAAUAUUUUUCUAAUCGAUUUAUUUUGUUUUUGUUAAUUUUCUUGGAUUGUGUGAAUGCACGAUCUAUUGUUCAAAGGGGAGAGGGCAAAAUGGAUGGCUUGGGUUUAUUAAAAAUAAUAUUUAUUUAAUAUUAAUCAAUCUUUUGUCACUUAAUUCAGUUAAUUUAGUUUUUUAUCAAUUUGAAAUUAAUUGGAAUUGCAUUUAAUUAUCGAUUGGGUGAGGCUCUGAUCCUCGAAAAAAAUCGUGAACACUCCAUUUUGCCCAGUGGUUACAUAAUUGAAAGAAUAUAUUAUAGAUUCAGUCGUGUGAAUUAAUCGGAGUGUUAAUUCAAGUUUUUAUGAUAAUCAGGGUGUAAUUGUUCAAGUAGUAUUUAUGAAUUUUGGUACUCGAGUUGUAUUUAUUAACUUAAAAUUAAUGAUUAAUAAAAACGUGACAGGCUGUCCACGCUCUCUACUGUGGUAACACUUGUCCGAAUUUAUCACGAA